AUGCAGUUCAAAAUGAAGGUUCUCAUCCUCCUGUGCUCAGUCGUUUCCGUGGCAUUCAGUCAAAACGUGGGCACGAACACGCAGGAGCAGCACUUGUCCCUGCCCAUGCAAGUCUGCAGCGGCCCAGGCAGUUGCAGCUCGGAGCAGACCACAGUCGUCAUGGACGCCAAUUGGCGCUGGACGCUGUUGAAUUUCAGGAUCAUGCAGUUCAAAAUGAAGGUUCUGAUCCUCCUGUGCUCAGUCGUUUCCGUGGCAUUUAGUCAAAACGUGGGCACGAACACGCAGGAGCAGCACUUGUCCCUGCCCAUGCAAGUCUGCAGCGGCCCAGGCAGUUGCAGCUCGGAGCAGACCACAGUCGUCAUGGACGCCAAUUGGCGCUGGACGCACAAGACGAACGAAUUCGUCAACUGCUACACCGGCAACACGUGGGACGCGUCCAUUUGUCCCGACGCAGCGACGUGCACGCAAAACUGCGCCGUCGACGGCAUCGACACGAACACCUGGUCCGGGACUUACGGAGUCACUACCUCGGGCAAUGCCUUGACGCUCAAGUUCGUCACGAGUGGUCCGUUCAGCAAGAACAUCGGGUCCCGAGUUUACCUGCUCGCCACCGAAGACAAAUACAAACGCCUUCGCAGCCACCAAAGUGGCGGCCAAUGUGUUCCGCCAUUUUCAUCAACAGAUGCCUUCACAGCCACCACAUUGGCUGCCACUUUGGCAGCUGCAAAGGCGUCUGUUGAUGAAAAUGGCGGAAUUGCCUUGGAUGACCUGGAGGCAACCCUUAGAAAGAAUGUCAAGAUGUUCCAGUUGAAAAAUCGAGAAUUUUCGCUGACGGUGGACGUGUCGAACCUGCCUUGCGGACUGAACGGAGCCGUGUAUUUCGUGGAGAUGGACGAGGAUGGCGGGUUGAGCAAGUACCCGACGAACCAUGCCGGGGCCAAGUACGGGACCGGGUACUGCGAUGCCCAAUGCCCACAUGACCUCAAGUGGAUCAACGGCGAGACCAACAGCGACGGCUGGGUUCCAGCCAGCAACGACGCCAAUUCGGGCGCCGGCAAGUACGGCACCUGUUGCUUCGAAAUGGACAUCUGGGAGGCCAACAGCAUGGCGCAGUCCUUCACUCCUCACAACUGCGCAGUGGAAGGUCAGUACAGGUGCGAGGGCACCGAGUGCGGAGAUAACGAGAGCGGCGACCGCUACGACGGCGUCUGCGACAAGGACGGCUGCGACUGGGCGGCUUACCGCCUGGGCCAGCACGACUUCUACGGGCCAGGCAAGACGGUGGACACGAACCAACCCUUCACGCUGAUCACGCAGUUCAUCACGAGUGAUGGCACCGACAAUGGUGACCUGGUCGAAAUUCGAAGAAUUUACCGGCAGAACGGCCGCGAGAUUUCCAACACGUUCGCGAACUUCCCGGGCGUGCCGGCACACGACUCCGUCACCGACGACUACUGCACCGACAUCAAGAACGCCUUCGGCGACGUGCAGGACUUUGCCCAAAAGGGCGGCAUGCGGGCCAUGGGCAGGGCCCUGGACCGGGGCUUGGUCCUCACCAUGUCCCUGUGGGACGACCACUACGCGUUCAUGCACUGGCUGGACGCCACGUACCCCGAGGGCAGCUCGGAACCCGGGGCCCUGCGCGGCCCGUGUCCCGACGACGGCGGCGACCCGGCGGAGCUCGAGAACACCGUUCCUAACUCCUCGUUCACCCUGUCCGACAUCAGAGUAGGACCCAUUGGCAGCUUGUGAUUCAUCCCGGGCCCCAUGGGUUCCGCAGUCCGAAGACUUUAGCAAUGGAGACUGUUGUACCGCAUUGUACUGUGUUGUGUGAAACGCUUCCUGGGAUAAAUUCAUUUUCGUCGCAAAAGCACACAUA